GUUUUUUUUUCUUUAUCUUUAUACACUGCAAAUCAACAAGAUUUAAAAACGUCGGAAUUAGAACAUCAAAAUAAGAAUACUAAUUAUGAAACACAAAAAACUAAUCUAAUCUCCGAAGAGGUUAACGAACUUGUUUUAUUAAGGGGAAAAAUUAAGGAAGAUGAAGUUGAACUUACUGACGCUCACGAAAAGAUUAGUGAACUUUAUAAAGAGCUUGAUGAUGUGAAAAAGAAAAAUAAAGAGAUUGAAAGUGAAAAUCACAAACUUCAUCAAGCUGAUCAUAAUAAAGAAAUGGCCCUAGUAAAUAUUACAAAUGAACGUAAUAAUUUAAUCAGCCGUUAUAAUUCAUUAGUUAGAGCAUUUGAAGAACUUACAAAAAAGAACGAAGAAUUAAAAGUUGAAGCUGCUCAUUAUCAGUCAAAAUUGGGUGAUGCAAAAAAUUUCAAAUUAGGUGAUGACGAUCCUAAUAAUAGCACUGCGCUUACACGAGAUAUCGAACAUUUACAAGAUAAUAUUAAUUCGUAUGCAAGGGUCAAAAAAGGUGUGACGCUUAAUUUGGAAACUGCGCAGAAUGCUUUACAACAAUAUGGCUGUUCACUAGAAAAUGUCGCAAAUGAAGAUUCAGAAGAAAAAAUACUUAUUAAAUGGCUCCUUCAAAGAAUUUUGAUCCAAAAUGUCACGGAUAUGAUGGGAAGAUAUUUAAAAAACCAUAGCUCCCAACUCGUUCCAGAAGGAAAUCGCGAAUUAGAAUUGAUCCAUACAACUAGUAAAAUGACAGAACUAUUAGGCGAAUUUAAUAAACAUCGUGAUGGUGUUGACGAAGUAACUCAGGUUGCACCGAUAAAACUACGUCAACAGAUCUACGCAGUUCUAGGUGAUCGUGGUUUUGCUGAUAUUAAAGGCGAGCAAAAAGAACAUCCAUUCAUCACUCAUGUUUCGACAUACAUUGAUCUUCUUAUGUCCAGAGUGCAGGAACCAGAGGCAACAUUCAGAUGGUUUAAAAGAGGUGAUAAAGUAGAUCCUAUUCAAAUGGUUGGUCCGUGGGACGAAAAUAUAGAUCAAUGGUUUGUCGAUAUUUGUUAUUUCCCUUUGAUUGGUAUAGAUUUAGAUAAUGAAAACAAUCGUAAGAUACUUUUUCAGGCAAGAGUAGCAGUGUAUAAAGAUAAAGAAAAAAAACCUGGUUUUUUAAAUAAGUUAUUUAAAUCAUCUACCGAAGAUAAACGUGCUCGUCCACAAGUCAAACAAAGCAGCACUAGUAGUCAAUCUAGUCAACCUAGUCAACCAUCUUCCAGACAAAAUAGCCUUAAAAAUCCUGAUCCCAACACUAUGAUACCACUGACUUCAAAGAGUCAACAUCCUCAAAAUCCAAACGUGUCUGAUAAUAAUCGAAAAGGUUGA